AUGUCGUUUGAUACCAAGAGUGAAAAGGCUGGCAAAACGAUUGAUGUCGAAUCAGUACCAUCCACCGAUGCCAAUGAUCAAGACGCUCAAAGGCUUGAACAUCUUGGUUACAAGCAAGAGUUUAAACGUGAAAUCAGUCUUUUUGUCCUUGCUGGUUUCUCCUUCUCGACCAUGGCUGUAUUACCGAAUUGGCUGAUCGGAUUUGCUGGCACAAUGGACUCUGGAGGCCCAAUGUCCCUAUUCUGGGGUUUUAUUGUUGCUGCUCCUUUUCUUUAUUGUAUUGCAUUGGCUAUGGCAGAGCUGUUCUCCGCCUUCCCCGUAUGUGGCGGUGUCUAUUCGUGGAGCUACCUUCUUGCUGGUCCAAAAUGGGGCCCACUUAUGUCCUGGGUCACCGGCUAUAUGAUUGUCGCCGGUCUUCUUACAGCCAACAUGACCGUGGCCUAUUCCCUAUCCGAAUACAUCAUUGCUCUUUCAAACAUCUUAAAUGUGCACCAAAUCAAUAACCAAGGCGCCAACGUCGGCUUGUACAUUGCUGUUCUUUUGUUGGGCCUUGCCUAUUGCUCUCUCGGUAUCAAAUUCAAUGGCUACCUUAAUCGCUUCAUGAUCUUUUGGGUGCUUAUUGGCACAGUCAUUGUGGUCAUCACGCUUCCUGCUAUGGCUGAUACCCAUCCCAGUGCUCGUUGGGUAUUCACCGAAUUCCGUAAUGCCACCGGUUGGGGCAAUGAUGGUCUUACUUUUUUGCUUGGCAUGUUACAAGCCGGCUGGACUAUUAUUGGUUAUGAAAACGGUGCUCACCUUGCUGAAGGCACUGUCAAUUCCGAGAUUAUUGGUCCAAAGGGCAUUCUCAUCAGUGUCACCGGUGCCAUUGCCCAAUCCCUUAUCUUGUGUGUUGCUACCUUGUUUUCAAUCCAAGAUGUUGAAGACCUUAUGAACUCUUCUUUCCCUGUGGCUACUCUUUUUGUACGUGCCACCAAUACAAGUGUUGGUGCUUUCUUUAUGGUGAUCUUGAUUGUUGCAGAAUUUGGCUGCUUGGCCAAUACCAUUGUUGCCCUUGGAAACCUCAUGUGGGCUAUGGCUCGUGAUGGUGCCUUGCCUAAUCACAAGUUUUGGUACAAGCUUGAAGGCUUUGGUGAUAACAAGGUGCCCAUUCGCAUUUACACCUUACAAGUCGUUAUUUGCAUUGUGCUCAUCAUGCCGACAUUUGGUAGUGAAGUCUACUGGUCCGCUAUCAUGAGUACCGCUGUUAUUUGUGCCAACAUUGCUUACGGCAUGCCCUAUGUGUGCCGCUUGAUCUGGAAGCGAAAAGGCAUGGUCAAGGGCCCCUUCGACUUGGGCCGCUACAGUAUUCCAAUUAACAUCGUUGCCGUGCUUUGGAUUCUCUUUUUUGCCGUCAUUCUCUGUAUCCCUACCGUGAACCCGGUCAAUCCUGAAACCAUGAACUGGUCAUGUCUAAUGCUUGGCGCCGUGUUUAUCUUUUCUCUCUCUUUCUGGUUCCUUGGCGGCAAAAACACUUUUAAGGGCCCGGAUCUUAACGCCGAAGGUCACUAG